AUGGAUCCCUUCUCUGGCGAGGGCGAACUGCUCAAUAUAACGACCGCAUUCUACACGCACGCAUACCCGACCGUCCUCGAAUUUGACAGCUCUUCUCUCUCCGCAGAAAACAAGACCAUCGCACAAAUUCUCAAAUAUCGCGCACAAAUAGCCGUCGGCGAUGCCUCGUCCGUCAUUUCCUCCCUUAAACAAUCACAAGACGCCGCCUCCCGCUCAAUAGUUGCUUUGGCACAACAAGCGGCCGGCAACCACUCCGUGGCACUCGAAACAGCACUGGCCCUGGCUGAAUCUGAUGCGGAGGAUGCCGUGGUUCAGAUCUGCUCUGGUACCGUCCUCGCAGCGGCGGGGGAAUACGUGAAAGCCGUCGAUCUCUUGUCCAAGCACCAAGGCUCUCUUGAAGCCGUGGCUCUACUGGUACAGAUUCACCUGAUGCAAAACCGGACGGACUUGGCUGUCAAGGAAGUGGCUGCUGCCAAACGCUGGGCGCAGGAUUCAUUACUCAUCAACCUAGCCGAAGCUUGGACGAAUCUCAGGGAAGGCGGGCAAGAGAAGUAUCAGUCGGCGUUUUAUGUCUACGAGGAACUCGCAUCUACGCCAGGGAAUACCAGUCCCACGGCAUUGGUGGGACAAGCUGUUUCCGAGAUACAUCUAGGAAGGUUGGAAGAGGCCGAGGCAGCAUUGCAGCAAGCUGUGGGCAUGGCCAAUGCAGAUGUGCAAUCUAUUGCCAACAGUGUCGUUUUGGCAAGUAUUGUUGGGAAGAAGGCCGAGGACGUUCAAGGACUACUUCAACAACUACGGGAGAGAGACGCAGAGCACGCGCUGUUGAGAGAUUUGGAAGAGAAAAGUCAGCUCUUUGAUAGCGCGGCAGCCAAGUAUGGAGCCAAAGUUGCCGCAUAG